UCGUAACAUCCCCUAAAUAAUUGUGAUGGAUAAAUUAACGCAAUUUGUCUCUAGGUCAUUUGAAACUAGCACUAGUGUCGUAAGCGCAGAACGGUGUUUAAACCUAAGUUCAAAUUUAGUGAAAAUUUACCCACAAUCGGAACAACAACUGACGGAAAGUGCAGUCAAAAGUGAAGAGCAAUCAGUGUCUGUAACAAAAACGUCGCAAAUGGAAUUGGAUAUAUCGGUCUCAACCAACACAAAUCUUGCGCCGGUUGCUAAAAACUGGUUAAUUUCCGAUAUUUCCAAACACUGCGGAAUUGAUCUAACCAUAAAUAGUUCUCAUUUAGUUUACAACACCUCUGUCGGACUAAGUCGGUCCUCCAUGGAUUUUCCAAUGCACGAUACAAGAACAAUUGAGAAUAAACGUUCAAAACAGUCCGUAUCGCCUAGUUACCCGAACAACAAUAAGUGUGUUAAAAGCAGUGAAGAUAAAACAUUAUCGCCCAAUAACAGUUGUAGUUCUUCACCUUCUCCACAAAUCGACUUAGAAGACUCUAAAUCAUGUUCAGAAACAAUUAACGCCGAAAGUGUACAGGACAAUAAAUAUUGUAUUAACGAUGUUAAGGAAACUCAGGAUAAUGUUGGUAACACGGAUCAGGAUAGAAGACAAUUUAUAACAAGCGACGAACACAAUCAGGAUAAAACGGCCGACGAAAAGCUUCAUUCGCAGAAACAUUCACCCUCAAUAAAUAAUGUAAAGUCUACCACGAAGCAAAGAAGAUCGAGAACUAACUUUACUUUAGAACAACUAAACGAACUGGAAAGAUUAUUUGACGAAACGCAUUAUCCCGAUGCAUUUAUGAGAGAAGAACUUAGUCAAAGGCUGGGGCUUAGUGAAGCUCGAGUUCAGGUUUGGUUUCAAAAUCGGAGGGCGAAAUGUAGGAAGCACGAAAGUCAAAUGCAGAAGGGGAUAAUGUUAAGUAAUCACAGUCCACCUUCAAGCACGCCUUUGGAACCAUGUAGAGUUAUACCAUACGUAAACGUGCCUGCACUUCGUGGUUUACCGAUUCAACCUGGCUCAAUGCCUUUAUCAGGAUAUGAUCGCCUUGCUCCAACAUCGUUUCCUCAACCCGCUCCAUUUUCAGCUUUUGAUUCGGCGUUUUUAUCGGCGGCACAUCAGUACGCGGCAGCGGUAGCGGUCGGUGGUGCACCCUCGGCCAGUAUUUUGUGUCACCCGCAGUAUCCCUUAGGAUUAGCAGCACUGGCAGCCGCCCAUAAAAAUUCGAGCAUCGCCGAUUUACGUCUAAAAGCGCGAAAACACGCGGAAGCUUUGAGUUUAGCGGCACGAGAAAAAAUUGAAUAACUGUUGAAUAAUCUAUACGUAUUUAAGUAAAGAGAAAAUACUUUGUUGCAUUUCUAUUAUCAUAUGUAUCCAAUAUUUUAACGUUACCUACUGAAUAUCUUUCGUCUUUAUAAAACAAACAAUUUGCAUAUGCAAAGCGACAAUUCGACAAUAUAUUUUUACUUAAACAAUGAAGUUUUAGUAUACUAGUACAUUCACGUCACAAUUACAAAACCAAUUAUUCGUAACCGUAAAACAUUUAACUGUAA